UUCAGCGGCGCACGCCGAUCUACCGGAAGUCGCUGUGCUGCUCGGGAGAGCCGGCUUGGCCCUGGAGGAGCCCGCCGGCCGGAGCUAGGUGGUCCGCCCCAGUUUGGGGUCCCCCCCCUCCCGUUGGUAGGGGGCGCGUCUCCUGUGCCGGGGAAGAGUUGGAGCCGCCGCCAUGGGGAAGCGGCAGCACCAGAAGGAUAAGAUGUACAUAACAUGUGCAGAAUACACACACUUUUAUGGAGGAAAGAAAUCAGAUAUUCCACAGGCAAAUUUUAGACGUUUAUCUUUUGAUCACUGCAGUUUAUCUCUGCAACCAUUCGAAUAUCCAGUUUGCACACCAGAUGGAACAGUCUUUGAUUUGCUGAGUAUUGUUCCUUGGAUAAAGAAGUAUGGGACCAAUCCAAUCACAGGGGAGAAACUAGAUGCCAAAUCUCUUGUCAAGCUAAACUUCGCUAAAAACAGUGAAGGUAAAUACCACUGUCCAGUGCUCUUCACUGUCUUCACCAAUAACUCCCAUAUAGUGGCUAUCAAGACAACUGGAAAUGUAUUUGCUUAUGAGGCAGUUGAGCAGCUGAACAUAAAAACAAAAAGCUACAAGGAUCUCCUGACAGAUGAACCCUUUACUCGGCAGGACAUCCUGACACUGCAGGAUCCAACCAAUCUGGACAAAUUUAAUGUCUCCGACUUCUUCCAUGUUAAAAACAACUUAAAGGUGACAGACCCAGAUGAAGAGAAAGCAAAAUUGGAUCCAUCUUACUAUCUGAAAAAUACAAAUUUAGAGACUCGAGAGACUUUACUGGAGCUGUAUAAAGAAUUCAAAGGAGAUGAUAUUCUAGCAGCUACAAUGAAGGCCCCCGAAAAGAGAAAAGUGGAUAAGCUGAAUGCAGCUCACUAUUCUACAGGGACAGUAAGUGCUUCCUUCACAUCCACUGCCAUGGCCCCAGAAACAACACAUGAAGCAGCUGCCAUUGAGGAGGACGUUGUGCGGUACCAGUAUGUGAAGAAAAAAGGUUAUGUACGACUGCACACUAAUAAAGGAGACCUGAACUUGGAGUUGCACUGUGAUAUGACACCCAGAGCAUGUGAAAACUUCAUCAAGCUAUGCAAGAAGAACUAUUAUGAUGGAACUAUUUUUCACAGAUCAAUUCGUAAUUUUGUGAUCCAAGGAGGUGAUCCUACUGGAACAGGAAUGGGAGGAGAGUCUUAUUGGGGAAAACCUUUUAAAGAUGAGUUCAAGCCAAAUCUGUCCCACACUGGACGUGGUAUUCUUAGCAUGGCCAAUUCAGGACCCAACAGCAACAAAUCACAAUUCUUUAUCACUUUUCGCUCCUGCACAUACCUGGACAAGAAGCACACAAUUUUUGGAAGAGUGGUUGGUGGUUUUGAGGCUCUGACAGCUAUGGAGAAUGUGGACAGCGAUCCAAAAACAGAUCGUCCCAAGGAGGAAAUACGAAUUAAAUCAAUAACUGUUUUUGUUGAUCCGUAUGAAGAGGCAGAUGCUCAGAUCUCUGCAGAGAGAGAAAAGGCCCGACAAGAGGAGGAAGCAGCCAAAACCAAGACUAAGGCUGUCCUGCCAAAGAAAGAGAGCCAGGCUCCCAAAACUUACCGGCAGGGCAUUGGGAAGUAUAUUAAUAUGACUGCAGCAAAACGAACAGCAGAUGAUGAGGGGCCUUCAACCAGUGCAGCUGUGAAGAAAGAGAAAAGGAGCACAGGCUUUGGGGACUUCAGUUCCUGGUAGCAGAGUGGAGAGCCUGUCACUCGAGCAGUACAGCAAAAAAGAGCCUCCCACCAACCCCAAGGGGCCUGAAAGGCAGGCUGUCCUGGGGAGGGAAAGCACUGGCCUACCCUUCUAGUGGGGAAGAAAAUCACUGCUUUGUUAAAGCUCCUUAAUGCGGCUUUGUUCUCUAGAGAGCUACAUUCCUCCAACUGCAUCUUCCUCGAAGCCCUGGGUUAUGGUGGAUUUUACAGCCGUGGAAUGGGCACCCCCACUACUCUUUCAGACUGUUGAUUAUCUAGGGCCUCUUUGUCUACUUCGUUGCUUGGCAGAUUAAGCAGAACCAUCUCCUGUCGGGACUGGAGCUCAGGGAACAGGCGUGGUGGUGAGCGAGCGCCUUUUUCAGGGAGUCGCUUCCAGAUGAGACAGGUCCCUGCCAGCUGAGUGAACUGGUGGAAAUCAGUGAUGAUGCUGUACCCCUUGCUUUAGUCUUCCCCCCAAGCUCUUUGCUGGAACGCGGGGUGUUACUUAUUGUCCUCUCUCCACCUCCAUUCCCUUUUGAGCCCCUGUGCAGCCACUCUUAUUCCGCCCAAGGACUGCUUCUGGAGCCUAUCUGUACUGCUUGUUAAUGAGCGGAGAGGUUGCUGUCAAUCAACAUAAAUCCAUGGGCCUGAAGGAGCUGUGUCUGCAGCCACCCAAACUCUGCCACAGCCUGGGAAGCAGCUGUUCAGGACUGGCAGCCUAAUCCAGAGCCUCCACUUGGCACUGCAGAGCAGUUAGGCCACCAUGUUGGCCCAUUUGUUGUUCUGUCUUGGUAGCCACUGAAACAUGUGUCCCCCCUUCUGGCCCUUAGGCAGCGUGGCACUGAUGGGAUCAGAUCAGCCUCCAGAGGGGGCAAGUGAAUAGUCAGAAGCAGCAUUGUAGAUUUAGUUUUUAAACCUGUCCUUGUCGUCCCAGAGUAACAGGACUGAGUUCUGCUCUCCUAGGAGAGAGAGAGCCCUGCUUUCGUUAACUGCUUGCAACAGUCCCAGAAAUCACAGCCAUCUGAUACCUCCUGUUUGCAGUGUCCAACUAGAGAGAGACCUCAUUAGGAUAAUGUGAUAUCAGAGGGCAUGCACACCCUGCACCUGUUCACCUCAGCUGCUUAAAUCCCUUCCAGAAUCAGCCCCACAUAUAUUAAGAUGUUUCCAAACUAAAGAUCUUAGGAAGAAGAGACUUGUAUCAGCCCAUCGCAUUUAACCUCCUAAUAUUCUACACCCUGUUUGUUACCAUCCUCGCUGCCCAGCGAGGUACUGGUCCUACAGAACAGUUCUUUUCCACUGCUCCUCCCCGACAUUUUGAAUCAGCAGGAAUCCCCUCCUUACUCCAUCUCAGGAGCUGAGUCAUGCUUUUGCAAUCAGAUUUGUAAAUAAUGCAUUUCUAGUAACAGUGUCUUGUUUUAAAAGAACUCUGCCUUUAUAUAAAAUUGCAGCCAAGAACUUUUGGUGAAAUAUUUUCAUUAAAAGCUUUUAUUUCCUUUUGAA